AGAUAGGAGCUAGCACAAUUAGACUCUAUCCUUUAAUAAAAUCAGUGCUUGUAUCAAAAGUGAGCCAAGUAGUUUUGUUUGUUGAUUUUCGUUCGGGUUUUUAGUGCAGGAGGGUGUACCACAACGUUGCUGAUUUCACAAUAUUGUAGAACGUAAAAUUUUAUUCUCCUUGGAAAAAAUUGUAAUAUGUGCUUCUAGCACUAGCUCAAGUGGAAUUCAACGUGCAGUUGUGCACUAUUCCACGUAGAAUUAUUAGGAGUGACGGCUAUAAUGUUAAUAGUGGAUCAAUAGUGUAUUCCAAAUUACUCAUUACUCUUGCUCAAUAGAGAUUGUAAUAAUCAAAUAUGAAUAACAACAACCAUAAUCAACCUCGAAGGAACUCGUCUACCUAUAGUAGACAUCAAAAUAAUCACCCUAAUCGUUCAAAUCAUAACCAUAAUCACAAUCAUCAAAGGUGGUCCAAUCGCUACUCCAAAGAUUACAAUAGGGAUUAUGAUAAUAACUUUAAUCGGGGGGAAUGUUCUGUUUCACAAAAUGGAAGUCCUAAAGAGUCAUAUGCACAUGGAUAUCCAAAAAAUUCUCAGAUCAGUCCACCUAUCAGGAAUAAUCACUUAGUUUACACAAAUGAGAGCUCAGAAACCAAUGUAUUUUUAGGCCAUCAAAUACAAAUGCAGGAUAGAAGGCACAUUCCAAUGGCAAAUGCACCAGAAAGGAGGCACACUCAAUCAAAUUAUCAUAACAAUGCAGAUAGGAGAAUGAUGCAGAAUUUGGCUGAUAGGAGACAUAUUUCGCCGACGUUGCACAUCAAUUGUGAUAACUCAAAUAAUAUGUUAAGUAAUUCUGGGGCGGAAGGAUUGUUACAGAGAAAUUUAAUGGAUUUUUCACACUCACAGAGGAGGCAUGGAAGAGACGUUAGAGUGAGUCCGGUACAUUUCCAGCAGAACUCUCCGCCGUACUACCGCCAGACGAGUGACGAGAGUAUAAAGAGCGAGAGUCCGUCCAGGAAACGAAGACGCCUGUCACGUUCAAGUCAUCACAUCGAACAACUCAAUUCUCAACCGUCGUCGCCCCCUCGUCGUUCACCCCGGCAGCACAUUCCCGCCUCCACACAUCACAACAUGCAGGGUAGUCCGCCACUGAGGCGCCCCCGUUUCAGAGACAGAAACGACUUCGCCCAUCAUUUAUCCCUUCUCCCCAGCUCACCACCUCUAGCUCACGCCCACCCCCAUCAGUCUACAAUGAUGAUUGACAAUAUGGUACCGAUGACAAUUCCAAUGGGCCACCACCACCACCAUCAUCCCGAUGCGAUGUGGAGUUACGGUUCGGGCGCGGCUGCCCAUCUCGGUCUCUGUCCGGGCGGUCCGGGUGGAUCGCCGCCACAUCAUCUGCCGCCGCCACCGCACGGAUGUCACGUGCACAACUUGUACGGACCGCAGCCUCUCCUGACGGCACCACCACAGUACGCGGCGCCGGCGCCGCACGGCUGUUUGGCGACGCCGCAAGGAUUCGGACCGUUCGCCGCAGCCGCCAAUCCGCUUCCGGUCACCAGUCAACAUUACGCACACCAGCAUCUCUCUACCCAGAGACCAGAUAAUUUGGAUCACCUGGACCUUUUGGCGGACCAUCCGCACCACCACGGUCACUCGGCUCCGAUCCACAUGUCGCCGAUCACGGUUCAAGCAUCCGCCUCCCUCGGGUUGCCACCGCCACCGCCGGAGCUGAUUCACGCGCGCGCACGUCAUCAGCGGAACGCGCGACUCGCUCCGGCACGUUUGGCGCGUUGGCACCACAACGCCCCACCCCCUCUAAUAGCCACCCCCGCCCAGUAUCCCGGAUUCCUGUUGCACUUCCUUGCGAUGUUUUCAAAUCCGCCGAUGUCGCCGUUCAGUCAGACGGAUCUCAGCAGUUCGGAUUCGACGGAAACGGAAAAUUAUGAGGCGCUGCUCAACUUGGCCGAACAGCUGGGCGAGGCUAAGCCACGCGGUCUGGGUAAGAACGAGAUUGACCUGCUCGUCAGUUACAAGUUUAAUGCGGACACACACCAAGGCGAUCAGACAUCGUGCGUCGUUUGCAUGUGCGACUUUGAAGCCCGUCAGAUGCUCAGAGUUUUGCCGUGCUCGCACGAGUUUCACGCCAAAUGUAUCGACAAGUGGCUCAGGUCGAAUAGAACUUGCCCGAUUUGCCGUGGUAAUGCUUCGGACUUCUUCAACAACAGUGAUUAGGCUUAGUUAAAUUUGAGAAAAAUCGUUCCACUACAAGUUUUGUCAGGUGCCAUCAGUUGCCAGUAAUAGUUAUUAAUGUCAUAUGUUACAUUAUUCAAUCGAAUAUAAUUUACAGAGAAUUAUGGAGCUUUAAAUAUUUUAGCGUAAAUUCAUUUAAUUUCAUGCUAACGUUUUUCUUAGUUUAUGUUUUAUGUGUCAUUGUCGAACACCCAACUUUUUUGUGUAACUACCUCUUGGUUAUGGAGUCGUCUAAUAAAUCGACGGUGGAAGGUCGUGACUGAAAUUACACCAACAACUAUUUUCAUUAAUUCCCUACAUCACCCUCAAUAAUCAAGUGGUGUUAUGUUCCUUCCAUUCUGAUUUUAUUGGAUAACUUUGUAAUAUAAUAUUAAUGCGUAUUGUAAGUGUACUGUGUACACGAAAUUCUGCAAUGUGUUAUUUGUUGUAAAUUUUUGUUAUUAACCCCGCUUCACUAACUAUUUUUUACAUAUCUAUUAUAUUAAUUUUGAUUAUGAUAUUGUUAAUUUUUCACCCCAGUAGAGAUAUGGAAAAAAUAGUGUUUGGCUUUUUUAAUGUUAGUGUUAUAAUUUAGACGUACGUUUUUUUUUUAUUACUAUAAUUGUUACAUGUCCUAAUACUACACGUAAUCUAGUGCCAAUUUAACGUUAGAGUAAUCUCAUUUUUGAACUUUUGCCUUAUGAAUAAUCAACAUCUGCACAAACUACUAGCAAUUCGUUCGUUAUAUUCCCUCCAUGGUUUCUAAAUAAUAUGUCUGUUUUUAGACGUCGCAUGUGCAAUGCCAGAAUCAAUAUUGUUUAGAACACGAUUUAAAUGUGUGCAUUUUCAAAAAUAUCUUUCUUGAGUUUAGCUAAAAAUGAAGACUUGACUAUUUUAAUAUGCAUCUUAUUGAGAUUUCGUUUAGAUUUAAGAACUGUUUCUUAGUGCAAGGUUGAAUGAUUGUAAAAAUACUACGAUAAAUUGGAGAAAUAUUUUAUUUUGUUGUGACUAAUAUUUUAGUUAUAUUUUAAAAUAUUUCUUCAAUUCAUGAUUUUCAAUGAAAUUAAUUUUGUCUUAUAUUUAAUGUAUUAACGAUUGAGGUGGGUUUGGAUUAUUCUGUUAACAGUAUAUCUAGUCUUUUUUACAUUCACAUUACAAGAUAAACAUUGCAAGUUUUGUAACUUUCAAUACCAAUCAAGACAUUUAAAAACAGCAAGUCUCUAGUCUUUUUCAGAUCUCAGUGAAACAGUUUUACACUUGUUUCAAAACAUUUUACAUCAUUUUUACGGUUAUCCAGUCCCCACCUGCAUUCAAAAAUAAAAUUGUGCUGAGAAAUACGAAAAAUUGAAAUUAUACAAAUGAUCUUUUCUCAUUCGUUAGUUUAUAAAAUGAUUGAUUGUAUGAUUGCGAGUUGGAUGUGUGCUAUAUUGUAUAUGUAUUCUUUAUACCGACUCCGGGAUAUUGAGAUUCUGAGAUAAGAUUAAUCCGUUUUAAGUAAUUCGUUUUAUUGGGCCUGCAAAUGUUUUAAUAUAAAUAAAUAACGGAACAAAAUGUAUGUACAAACGGAACAAUUAUUUAACAGAAAUUAAGAUUAUGCAUAUCGCUGAAUCUUUUUAGUUAUAAUGUAAUCUCACCACGUUUAUUGACAGCGAUCUACAUAAUUUGCUUCUUUUGGUUUCGGUUGGUAUUAUUUUCUGUAAAAUUCAUCAAGUUACCAUUUUCUCAAAUUAGAAUUGUUGUAACAUGCUUUUAAUGUCAAAUAGAAUAAAUGGAAAAAAAAAAUAAUAAUAAAUCAACAGUAUAUGAUUGUACAGAGAAUAUUUUAAAUUGAAUUUAUUGUAAUAGGUGUGCCUUUAUAUUGUACAAUUAACUCUGCCAAGUAACCAAUUUCUUUUAACUGCACAAGAACAUGAGAUGAGUUGCAGCAUUGGAGUUAAUGCACUUUUCGAUGAAACUGCCAAUUUUCAAAUCCGACAGCGAUCGAUACGCUGACAGCAUACAUACACACAUGUAGAAUGGUUUCUCAAUAAAUUUUCAAACGGCCUUUUGUUGUUGAUCGCACCCUCGGUUUUAGCUUUAUUACUAUUAAUGUUUUUCCAUUUAGUGCCAUAGUUUCUGUGUUUUAAGUACCAAAUUGUUUGAAACUUUUAAUUUUCAGUUAUUUCAUGGGAACAAACAUUUGAUUAUUUGUCCAUGGUCCAUACAUUCCAGUAUUUUCAUAUCUAUUAGCACAAAACAUAAUUAAUUGAAUGACUAUUGAAGUUUUCGUUCGCAUGAUAUAACUAAGUCAUAGGGGUUAGUUUAUGUCUUAUAUUGGGGUAAAUUCUUGUUGGGUUUUAAGAGGGUGCAGUUGUUAUGAAAAUACACAUAUCUCAGACAUAAGUGCAAUAGCAUAAUUUCAACAAAGAAUAGCAAUAUUAAAUAUAAGGCAUUCACAUUUAGCAAUUGCUGCAUAAUCAAACGUUAUAGAUUGUAUUUUUGUGAACGUGAAUACCUAAGUGAUACUUUAAGCUUUUAGUGGAUUUUAAUAUUUAUGUAUUAUAGAAGCUUAUAGUGCUACUAUACUAGUUCUAAUUUCAAUAAAAAUAAAGAAACACA